AUGUUGUUUGGGAGCUUUUUAUUAAUUUCAUUCACCUUCCUUCUCACCAUUUUUUCUGACCACCUCCACAUCCCCCUCCCCUCCGGCGCCUCCCCCUUCGUCUCCUUCUCUCCUCUUCGCCGACGCGCCCUUCCCUCUCCUUCUCCCUCUGUCGCCGCCGCCCCCCCUCCGUCUCCUUCUCUCCUCUUCGCUGCCCCUCCCUUUCCUUCUCUCUGUCGCCGCCGCCCCUCCCCCGCCUCCUCCGUCUCCUUCUCUCCUCUUCGCCGCCCUUCCCUCUCCUUCUCCCUCUAUCGCCGCCGUCUCUCCCCCACCCCCUCCGUCUCCUUAUCUCCUCUUCGUUUCCCUUCCCUCUCCUUCUCCAUUUUCGUCGCCGCCCCUCUCCUCCCCCUCCGUCUCCUUCUCUCCUUUUCGCCGCCGCCCCCUCCGUCUCCAUCUCUCCUUUUCGCCGGUGGUUGA